AUGGCAAUGAUAAUCAAACACCAGGAAUGCUACAUGGACCAGGUUGUGACGGAAACGUUCAAUACUGUGUACCGAGGAGGUUGCCGAAGAAGAGAAAUAAGUACCAUACGCUGGUGUGCAAAGCAUGUUCAUUAUUUAUGUAAUUAUAUACCCGUGCUUUUAGACAAUACGAACAGAUCUCUAUGCUACUUCUGCGACUCAUCCAAGUCUGUUCAGGCAUCAGUCUCAAACCCUUCGGAUUGUAUCACUCUCACUACGUGUGACACAGACCAGGUUUGCUUUUCCCACAAUGAGUACCAUCCAGGAUUGGCUCCGACGUUCAAAUACGGGUGUCAGAACAAAUACAUAUGUAGACUAUUGAUGAAAAGGGUGUUCGAAGAUUUGCGCCAUUGUGCGGGUGCGGGUGCUUCUGGUCCCGAGUGCCAACAUGAAACCCUGAACUGCGAUGUCUGCUGCGGAGACGAAGCCUGUAACUACGGCGAUUGCAGACAACUCAAGGCGCGCCUUUACAACCUGAUGGUUAUAGGCAAGUUCAACAAUGUAACCCUUCAAGUCAUUCCAUAGGCGCUUGGAGUGGACCCGUCAAAUGUAGUUGUGUCAACUGUGUAUUUUGACCGUUAAUAAAGCUGUAUAAU